UUGUUUACACCGACCGCAACAUUGUGCUCAACCACACACCCACCCCCGCCAGGCAGCCACUCUUGCUCAUCUACCUUGACUGCCUCAACUGAGUUUCCUUUCUGCAUUCGACCACUGCGCACCUCCACACAUUCCGCAGAUAUCAUCCUCACCCAGAUUCGUCUACACGUGACCGCCAACCCUCAACCUCCACCUAGGUAUCCAAUCACAAUGUCAAUGUCGAGCACCCACUUCCGCUGGGAGGAUGGCCCGCACCUCAGCCACCACUGCGGUUUCUGUGAUCGCCCCCUUGCUCACCCCGCCGCUAAAACCUCAUGCUUCGGCGUCCACUCAGAGCCGUGCUGGCGCUUCCAUCAAGCCAUGUUCAUGCGCGGGAAGGGGCACACCUGUUACAUGUGCCAGUCUAUUGAUGAAGCUCACACGAAACGGCACAUUUGCAUUGCUCACCGCCUCCAAAAGAUUUAUGAUGUCGCCGGCUCGGAUAUGACCAUUAUCCCGGAACAGGACGAUACAUUUCUAGAGGAGGGCUACUACUCAAACUACUUCAGCACAGCAUUGACGAAGCGCGAGAGGAAGGACCAAAAGAGGCUCGCAAAGGCUGCAAACAGACCCAACAUCGUGACGUUGGAAGAUCGCGGAUACGUUGAAAAGGUUCUACACCAACAAGAGGGCGAUCUAAACCAGAAAGAGCCGAUGAACCCUGAUGAGGUCGCCGAGAUCGAGAAGCAUAUCAGGUAUCAUGCCCACGUGUACGCCAAUGCUACUAAGCCAAAAGUCAUGAAAUCCGAGCUAGACAUCACUCCCAGUGACAACAUCGAUUUCGAAAACGAGAUGACCAGAAUCCUGGACACAUUCAGAAUCACGGAGCUUCAGAACCGAAACUACAAGAAUAGAGGUCUUGUGGGUAGAGAGCUGAAGGACUUUGAGGUUGCGGUCACAUCCUUCAAGGAGUUGGUCAUUGAAGACCUUGUCCUCCUCAAAAAGGAUGAGUUAGAGAUCAGGAUGCGACGGGCAGCGUUUCUCAGAUAUGCCAAUCGAUCAAGCUUUGAAGAGAUGAUGCAUCGCUACUCCGUCAAGGACUGGAAGACGGGCGCCAAGUUUUCACCCUUGGAGGAUAAUACCCCAGGAUCCAACACCCCUUCUAGCGACACGAGGUCUUCUUCUUUCGAUGCAGGCAUGCAUAGCGAUAGCGCCACUUCCGAAGAUAUUGCCAUACCGUCAAAAGCAGAUAAUAGGCAUUUUCAGGUGGCGCACAAGGUUUUGAGGGAUGGGAAUCUGCACCCGCAAGCACUCGCAAGUCCUUGGGUGCAUAGGUCCCUUGUGCAUCCCGAUACCCAGCUAAAGACGUCAAAAAACCCCGGCAUCCUCUCGAUCAAGCCUACCAGCAUUCUUCAGCCUUCCACGCGCAGCAGUGACAGCACGUCUGUCUGGACCCACAUACCUCGCCGUAGGGUACCGCCGAGGGUACUUCCCAAGACGGGUAUUUCCGUGAAUCACGAGUGGCCGUCCCUAUCCCACCAAGUUCGCGUCGAGGAUGGAAAGGUAUCUCCUACGAGUGAGUUAGAGGAAGUGAUACCAUCCAAGAUCACCCCUUCACUCGUUGUCAAACCAAAUCUCCAUCCCUCACCAUCGCCCGUCAAGCAGGUCUCAAUGGUACCUGAGGAGACUCCUGCCCUGGUGGGUAGGAAGAAGAAGGACAAGAAGAAGAGCAGAGAGACCGAGCGCAAGGCUCGAAGGGCUGCUGAGAAAGCGAGUGCCCAAGGGAACGAUAAGACGCAGUUGCAGCAGACCCUUGCUGACGGUAUGCCUGAUGAGACACUAGUCUCUGAGGCUGCCACUGAGGACUCAACUAACCUUUCCAAAGAACCUUCAGUUGAGACACAAGUUGGCGAACACGGAUUGGAGCAGAACUCUUUUGCUAAUGAGCAAUCUAGUACCGAAGCAGCAAUUUCCACCAUUACGUCCCCAUGCUCCUCUGAUCUACCUUUCUCGGGUGAUGAUAUGUUCAGCUUGGAGACGCUGCUUAGCUCUGCUCGCCCGACAGGAUCCGUAGCUUGGUUUGAGGAGCACAAAGACAAUAUCACCCCUGUCUCACCGCCACCAUCAACUUCGGCAGCUCUCACGCUAUCGACAAAGGCUCGCUGGAAUGACUGGACAAAAUUUACAGACAAACUCUACGUUCACGGAAUGUCCACAGUUCCCAACCCGCGCAUCAAAAUGAAGCAUUCAUCGGGUGACAUCAUCGACCGAGACUCACGGGAGCCAUGCCAAUUCAAGGCUACAGGCACCUCCGACUGCCCUAUGCACACACACCCCAACUACUGCAUGUGCCACAGCCAGGAAGCUGAGAAUUUCCACAUCGUCUACCCUUUGAAUGGAAAAUGCGUCAUGGAAGGCCGCAACCUGCUCUAUGCCGCCAACUUGAUGAUAUAUCUCAACAAGCAGCCCCGCCUGAGGAACAAUCUCAUGGUUCUGCACCGAGACCUAGAGGAAUGGGUAGAAGUCAACAUCGGCUCCCAUGAACCCGUCGGCUGCGUCCCUCUUAUGAUGGAAUUCGAGGAUUAUCUCCGCAGCGGCGUCGAGGGCGAGCUCAUGAAGCAGAUCGCGGAGUAUAAGCGCCUCCGCAACAUCAAUCGGCGACGCCUUCCCCGCGAUCAGGUUACUAUGGAAGAACUACGCCAACAUCAGAAGAACUUUGAGGUCCUUCUCGGUCCUGAGGAAGAGCGCAUGUGCUACUGCGAGGCGCCGAAGCCGGAGAAGUGGGAUGAGAAGAAGAUGGUGGAGUGCAGCUACCCACUCUGCCACCGCCAGUUCUUUCAUGUCCAGUGUGUGGGAGAUUCUGGGGGCUACGGAAAAGUGAGCAAGUGGUUUUGCUUCGAGUGCGACUAUAAGAUGCUGGGGGCUGCGCGGAUCGCGCUGAAACAGAUCGAUUGCGUUGAGAAUGGCGAGCCGGGCCCGGACAUGGACGGCGAGACUGAUGAGAUCAUUCUGAGCAUCCAACGCAUGAUUGAUGAGCGCGACAUGAUGACAGGCUAUGAAACUUCUGAUUAA